AGAUAAUACACCAUGGAUGCUAUCAAGAAGGUGUUUGAGGCCAAGCAAGCUGAGGGAUCUCCAGCGUUGGUCACUUUCGUGACUGCUGGCUACCCCAGACGCGAUGACACUGUGCCGCUUCUGUUCGCUAUGGAAGCUGGCGGCGCGGAUAUUCUCGAGGUUGGCGUGCCCUUCUCAGACCCCAUCGCAGAUGGCCCUGCUAUUCAGGAGACCAACACCGUUGCUGUCCAAAAUGACGUGGACUACACCACUGUACUUGCGCAAGUAAAAGAAGCUCGCACAAAAGGCUUGAAGGCCCCUGUUCUCCUCAUGGGUUAUUACAACCCCAUGCUUGCGUACGGCGAAGACAAGGCCAUCACAGAUGCACGGGAAGCUGGGGCGAAUGGCUUCAUCAUGGUGGAUCUACCUCCCGAAGAAGCGAUCAACUUCCGCGAGAAAUGCACCAGCGCAAACCUCUCAUACGUGCCAUUGAUUGCACCGUCAACGUCCCUGCAUCGUAUCAAGUUUCUUGUUUCUAUCGCCGACUCGUUUAUUUAUGUGGUCUCCAAGAUGGGGACGACAGGCUCCUCUACGUCCGGCGUCAUGAACGCGGCACUCCCGGACAUCAUUUCGCGAAUCAAGGAAUAUACUGAAGUAUCCCUUGCGGUUGGCUUCGGUGUUGCAACCCGCGCUCAUUUCGACACCGUUGCGGACGCGGGUGCGGAUGGCGUGGUCAUCGGAAGUCGCCUUGUGUCUGUAAUCAAAGAGUCGCCGAGGGAUGAGAUUGCUCAAAGGGUCGAAGCUUACUGCAGAGAAAUCAGCUUGAAGGGCCAGCCCCCACGAGCUCGGUCCCCGAGGACCUCAUCUAAGCCUUCCACACCCUCUUUUCAGGAGCAGAAAAAGUUCAAUGUCGAUGGUCUUGCCGUCCUUCCGCCUCGCUUCGGUCAGUUUGGUGGGCAAUACGUCCCCGAAGCGCUCGUUGACUGCCUUGUGGAGCUUGAGGAGGCCCACAACUCGGCGAUCAACGACCCAGAAUUCUGGAAGGAGUUCCAGAGCCACUAUGGUUAUAUGAACCGCCCCUCAAAGCUUUAUUAUGCUGAGAGCUUGACGGAGUAUGCGGGCGGUGCAAAGAUUUGGUUGAAGCGUGAAGACCUGAACCAUACUGGCUCACACAAAAUCAACAACGCCGUUGGCCAGAUUCUGCUCGCGAGACGCCUAGGCAAAACACGCAUCAUUGCCGAGACUGGUGCUGGUCAACACGGUGUAGCCACUGCUACCGUCUGUGCACGUUUCGGGCUAGAAUGUAUAGUCUACAUGGGUGCCGAGGACGUUAGGCGUCAAGCACUCAACGUCUUUCGGAUGAACAUGUUGGGCGCAAAGGUCAUCCCAGUCGAGUCUGGAUCCCGCACCCUGAAGGAUGCGGUCAACGAAGCGAUGCGUGACUGGGUCACGAACCUGUCCACCACCCACUACUUGGUCGGGUCGUGUAUUGGUCCUCAUCCGUUCCCCACCAUCGUGCGCGAUUUCCAGAAGGUAAUUGGCAGGGAAAUCAAGUCACAGAUGCAAGAAGCGGCAGGAAAGCUUCCGGACGUUGUAGUUGCGUGUGUUGGCGGUGGCAGUAAUGCUAUUGGAACCUUCUUCGACUUCAUUCCAGACACGAACGUCCAGCUCGUUGGUGUCGAGGCUGGUGGAGAAGGACUCGACGGUUCGCGACACAGUGCUACCUUGUCGAUGGGCCAACCAGGCGUCCUGCACGGUGUUCGGACGUACAUCCUCCAGUCUACAGCGGGUCAAAUUAUAGAGACGCACUCCGUUAGUGCAGGUCUCGAUUAUCCAGGAGUUGGCCCCGAACACGCGUGGCUUAAGGACACCGGGCGAGCCGAGUAUGUCGUCGCAACGGACGAAGAAGCUCUCAGAGGUUUCAGGCUGGCCACCCAGAAAGAAGGCAUUAUUCCAGCUUUGGAGUCUUCUCAUGCUAUCUGGGAGGGUGUUCGACGGGCGAAGACAUUGCCGAAGGAUGUUGAUCUAGUCAUUUGUCUCUCCGGAAGAGGAGACAAAGAUGUGGAGCAAAUCUCUGAGCUUUUGCCUGGGAAAUGGGCGGACAAGUUGGACUGGCACAUAUCAAACUAAGAGACAGUUCUAACAUAUAAUGCUAGCGUAUGCGAAUUAUAGCCAAACUGUUGUAGUAGACACGGUACAUAUUUACUUGCCAAAUUAAGCGCUGUACUCACC